CUAUGUACUUGUGCUUUUUCUCUAUCAAAUAAAUAAAUAAAAUCUUAAAAAAAAAAGAAAAAGAAAAAGAACCAAUUGCAUGGGGAAAAAAAUGAAGCAGGGGCACCUGGGUGGCUCAGUGGUUGAUCAUCUACCUUCAGCUUAGGGCGUGAUCCUGGGAUUCUGAGAUUGAGUCCUGCAUUGGGCUCCCCAUCCAGGAGCCUGCUUCUCCCUCUGCCUAUGUCUCUGCCCCUCUGUCUGUGUCUCUCAUGAAUAAAUGAAUAGAAUCUUUAAAAAAAAAUCAGUUGGAUGAGCUGGUAAGGAAAACUGAUGGCCCCUUCCACCCCUAAUCCUGUUAAGACUUUUGGUCCACUUAGACUCUGGGAACUUUUUUUUUUAACCAUCUCAGUCAAAGCCUCAUCUCACUUGCUAAAGACACCAAUCUGCUUCCUUCCUCUCUGCCUAUACCCCACCUCUCACCAGGGUGAUGGGGUCACAGUGGGGGCUUGGAAUAAGGGUGUGCAGAGAACUGAGGUGUUGAAGCUUCCCAAGAGGACAUAGCCAAGGGAUCCAGAAAGUGAGAACUCCCAGGUUUUCUUGGUCUUGGCUUUCCCCACCAGUUCGAGCAUCUCAGCUUCCUACAUUGCCCGCCCCCUUAUUUGCCACACUCAACUUCCUGCCCCACUAGAGGAAGUGGGGAGAGACAGCAGGUGCAGCGACAGCUAGCAGGGCCAUGCAACAGGACAAGGAGUAUGUGGGUUUCGCCGCCCUCCCCAAUCAGCUGCACCGCAAGUCCGUCAAGAAGGGCUUCGACUUCACACUCAUGGUGGCAGGGGAGUCAGGCUUGGGAAAAUCCACCCUCAUCAACAGCCUGUUUCUCACCAAUCUCUAUGAGGACCGGCAACUGCCAGAGGCCAGCGCUCGCUUGACACGAACACUGACCAUCGAGCGCCGGGGUGUGGAGAUCGAGGAGGGGGGUAUUAAGGUGAAGCUGACAGUGGUGGAUACACCUGGCUUUGGGGACUCCGUGGAUUGUUCAGACUGCUGGCUGCCUGUGGUGCGUUUCAUUGAGGAGCAAUUUGAGCAGUAUCUUAGGGAUGAGAGUGGCCUGAACCGGAAGAACAUUCAGGAUUCCCGUGUCCACUGCUGCCUCUACUUCAUCUCACCCUUUGGCCGAGGGCUCCGGCCCCUAGAUGUGGCCUUCCUCCGGGCAGUGCAUGAAAAGGUCAACAUCAUCCCAGUCAUUGGCAAAGCAGAUGCCCUGAUGCCUAAGGAGACCCAGGCUCUCAAGCAGAAGAUCAGGGACCAGUUGAAAGAGGAAGAGAUCAACAUCUACCAGUUCCCCGAUUGUGACUCUGAUGAGGAUGAGGACUUCAAGAGGCAGGAUGCAGAGAUGAAAGAAAGCAUCCCUUUUGCAGUUGUUGGUUCCUGCGAGGUAGUGAGGGACCGUGGGACCCGGCCUGUGAGGGGACGCCGCUACUCCUGGGGUACCGUGGAGGUCGAGAACCCACAUCACUGCGACUUCCUGAACCUGCGACGGAUGCUGGUGCAGACACACCUGCAGGACCUGAAGGAAGUGACCCACGAUCUUCUCUACGAGGGCUACCGGGCCAGCUGCCUACAGAGCCUAGCCCGGCCUGGGGCUCGCGAUCGAACCAGCCGUAGUAAGCUCUCCCGCCAGAGCGCCACAGAGAUCCCGCUGCCCAUGCUGCCUCUGGCGGAGACAGAGAAAUUGAUCCGUGAGAAAGAUGAAGAGCUGCGCCGCAUGCAAGAGAUGCUGGAGAAGAUGCAGGCCCAGAUGCAGCAAAGCCAGACUCAGGGAGAGCAAUCGGACACUCUCUGAGGACCCCGCCCGGCC